AUGUCCAGACCCAUAUCAGUAGAAGAGCUCGUUGCUCAGGGAUUGGAGGCAAAGAAGCCCAAAUUCAUCUCAAAAGCGAAACGGGAUAGACUCAAGGCAACAAAACAGAAGCCGGCCCCUUUUAAGGUUGUGAAACCAGAGAUUAUUGGGCCUCUGAAUGAAACAUCAGAGCCCCGCAAACUUCUGCCUGUAAAGGCUCCACGUCAAGAAAAAAAUAAAGGAUUGUUUAGCUGGGAUGAUAGCGAAGAUACUUCUGGCUCUUAUCAACCUCUUGUAUUGGCCAAGCUUCGCGACGACGAUGAUGAUCUUUUAAGUAGCGAGUCACACUGGAGCACCAAGCCGUUGGAGCGCAUGAAAGCUAGAGACUGGCGGCUCUUGAAACAUGAAUUCGAUAUCAACUAUAAAGGAGAGGAUUUGGGGAACCCACUUCGGGCGUGGAAUGAGGAGCAGGCUCUUCCGAAGCGGCUUAUCAAUUUGCUACAAGACUUGAAAUACUAUGAACCCACACCGAUUCAAAGGGCAGCAAUUCCUAUUGCUUUGAGGCAUCGAGACGUUGUUGGUAUCGCAGAAACAGGUUCGGGAAAAACGCUUGCGUACCUUCUACCCAUCCUCACAUACCUUAUGAACAUCGAGGAGGAAUACAUGACUCUUGAGCACUGCCAGGAUGCCAAUUUGAAUAAGACACUCGCUUUGAUUCUAGCUCCUACUCGUGAAUUGGCUCUCCAGAUUACGAAAGAAGCAGAAAAGUUUUGCAAGUCCUUGGGAUACAAUGUUGUCACCAUCAUAGGUGGCCACCAAUACGAAGAAACUAUACAUUCCUUGAGGAAUGGAGUUCAUAUUGUUGUUGCUACUCCAGGUCGACUCAUAGAUUCUUUGGAGCGGGGAUUGAUCAGUUUAGAAAAAUGUUAUCACUUGACAAUGGAUGAAGCAGACAAGAUGAUAGAUAUGGGCUUCGAAAAGCCUUUGUCCCAGAUCCUACUGUUCAUGCCGGACACAAAGAAGCUCAAUUCAAGCAUUGAUAGUCGUAUUCUCCGUGUGUCAAAACGCUCCACUCUCAUGUUUACAGCGACAAUAUCUUCUGCGAUAGAGAAAAUCACAAAAAAUUAUUUGACAACUCCUGGCUAUGUCUUUGUGGGUGGAGCUAAUAGCCUGGUCGACAACAUCGAUCAAAAAUUUGAGUAUCUUGACAAUUCACCCCCUGACAAGCAGCUAUUUGAUGCAGAGCGCUUUAAUGAGCUCCUCAGAGUUUUGCAUUCAGAAAUCCGUGGUAACCAAUUUUCUGUUAUUAUCUUCGCUAACUUCAAGCGGGUUGUCGAGCAAUUAGCAGAGGAAUUGAGUGGCAAAGGGUUCGGUGAGGUCGCAACCAUCCAUGGUUCAAAGAGUCAGGAAGCCAGAGAAAAGGCCAUUCAAACUUUCCGUGAGAAACUGGCUUCUAUUCUCAUCGCAACUGAUGUUGCUGCCAGAGGAAUUGAUAUUCCGCAUGUUUCAAUGGUUGUAAACUACCAAAUGAGCAACAAGUUUGAAGAGUAUAUUCAUCGAGUUGGUAGAACAGGAAGAGCCGGUCACAAGGGAAAGAGUUACACCUUUAUUGACGAAGGAGAUAAAGAGACAUUUCCGGAGCUUCGGAAGUUUUUGUGGAAUGGUGGACUCAAGAUUCCCGAGUGGCUCAGUCGUACUCUGAAUUCUGGCAAAAAGCUUUGA